AUGGGAGUUAAAAACCCUAGCUCAUAUAAAUCGUGUAGCCAGGAUGGUAACGUAUGCGUCACGUGGGAAAACGACCGGAAACUCGUGAUGACAACUCGUAAAGAAAAUGACGUCACAUGCUAUGAUGUUUCUUGGUCGGCCUUGUCUUGUGUUUCUCAAGAACUAAAAGACUGCUUAAACAUGUCCGGACAUUGGUAUGGAGGUUUUCAAGAUUGGAAUCAAUACUGGCCUAUGAAUAUCAUUCAACAAAAACUGGCACCUUAUGUGGCGUCUGAUUCGUAUGCAAAAAUGUACGGCGGUGUAUUAGAACGAUAUUUCUUGUCGUCUGCCGGAUAUGGUGUAUUUAUUGACCAAGAUGUCCCAUUGCACCUGUCAAUGAACGAAAACAACACACGUCAAUUUUGCAUGUCCGCUAAAUACACCCAAUAUCCUUACAUCAACUAUGAUAACAGUCUUCCAUAUCUGAAUUAUUCUGUAUGUUAUGCCAAUAAUAUCAGAAAAGUUCACGAUUACAUGUCUAAAACCUAUAUACCCCGUCCAGAAAACAUUCCCGACGAGAAACUUUUCAAAUCACCAAUUUGGUCCACAUGGGCCAUGUACAAGAAGGAUAUCAAUGAAACUCAAUUGGAAGAAUUUGCUGAUGAUAUUAUAUCCAAUAAUUUUCCCCAUUCCCAGAUUGAACUUGAUGACGAGUGGACCGUCCGUUAUGGUGACAUGGGUUUCGACUUAAAUAAAUUUCCAGACCCAGCAGCCAUGGUGAGACGAUUAAAUAAUAAAGGAUUUCGGGUGACUAUAUGGGUUCAUCCUUUCUUCAAUGAAGAUUCCACAUCUUUCAAAGAAGCCUAUGAAAAGAGAUACCUUGUACGCCAGUUGGACAGCAAUUUGCCAGCACUCGUUAGCUGGUGGAGAGGGAAAUUAGCUGGUAUUCUGGAUGUAACUAAUCCCGAGGCUGUGUCAUGGUACCUAAAACAACUUCAAAAUCUGAAAACCAAUUAUAAUAUUAGUUCCUUUAAAUUUGAUGCAGGCGAAGUAAACUGGUUGCCAAAUGUGUAUAGUGUUAAUUCUACAUACAGGAAUCCCGAUGUGUACACACAAAAAUGGGCAGAGCUGGCAUAUGAAUCAGACAAAAAUAUCCGACAUCAGGAGGUUCGCGUCGGUGCUAGGACUCAAAGACUACCGAUAUUUAGUCGCAUGCUGGACAGAGAUUCCACCUGGACAAGAAGUAACGGUCUGAAAACUAUUAUACCAUGUGCCUUAACUUUUGGAUUAAUCGGAUACCCUUUUGUUCUCCCGGACAUGAUCGGUGGUAAUGCUUAUGAUGCCGCUGAUGGAUUAGAAGCCAGGAACUAUCCAGAUCAAGAACUAUUUAUUAGAUGGUUGCAGGUGAACACGUUCCUGCCUUCCAUGCAGUUUUCAGUCCCACCGUGGAUCUACAAUGACACCACUCUUACGACUGAAGCUAGAAAAUUAAUAGACCUUCACACAUCUUACACACCGACAAUUGUAAGACUUGCUCGAGAAGCAACGGUAACUGGAAGUCCUAUUAUCAGACCAUUGUGGUGGGUAGCUCCUACUGACGCUAUAACGUUUAUGAUAGAUGAUGAAUUUCUAUUAGGCAACGAUAUUUUAGUUGCCCCUGUAGUCAUUCAAGGUGAUUUGUCUAGGGAUAUUUAUCUACCAGCAGGGCGAUGGCAAGAUAAACUUAGAAACACUGUUAGGGAUGGAGGAAAGUGGCUCACCAAUUAUAAAGCUAGUCUUUAUGAACUGCCAUAUUUUAUAAGAGUAUAG